AAUGUAAUGGACGAACAGAAAGAGUUUGAGCCUAUUCAACAUUCUUUUGAAUACAGUGACAAGAAAAGAUGUAGAUCAAGUCCAGAAGAUUACUUUGCUGAGCUUCGAAACACAUUAGAAAUAUAA